GUCCCUACUAGUUUGGUUAUAUCUGACCGGUGAUCCACGUGUUUUUGUUUUUAGAAAGAUUAUUGUUAUGAUUGAAGAUAAAUGUUGGAAUUGUAGUUGCUAUUUAUUAUAAGCAAUAAAAUUACAGAGAAACUAUGUCUAAACGAAAACUUAAUAAUGUAGGAGAAUGGAAGCCUUUAAAGUUAGAAGGCUCUGCAUUUUUUGGUGAUGUUGAUGGUUUAAUUGGUAUAGAAGAAUUAACUGAUUAUAAUUUAGAACAAGAAAAUGGGAAAAAAGUUGUAACUUGCAGCAAAGAUAGUAACAAUGAAAAGUCUAAGGGAUCUUUAAAGCGUAAACAUUUGAACAAAUGGCAAGAAAAUGAUAUAGACAUUGCUGAACCAGCAACAAAAAAAGCAAUAAUCAAAAAAAGUAAAGAAAGUCUUCCUAAGAAGAAGAAUGUUAAAAAAGUAUUAAAGUCUAAUUCCCAAAAUAGUACAAAUGAUAAUGCUGAUACAAAAGGAAAACUUUCCAAUGAAUGCAACAGUAAUAGUGAUAAUGAGGAUGAUGAUUAUUACAUUUAUAUUCAAAAAUGGGGCAGAUUAGGUUUAUAUGCUCCUAUAAUAAAGGCAAUGAAAGAUCAACAAUUUCAUACACCUACUCCUAUACAAGCAUUAACUUUACCACCAGCGAUAAUGGGAUAUAGAGAUAUAUUAGGUGCUGCUGAAACGGGUAGUGGGAAAACAUUAGCAUUUGGAAUUCCAAUUAUAAAUGGCAUUUUAGAAUUAAAAAAUAGACAAGUAGAUAAAUCAGAUAUAAAACCUAUAAAUGGAACAGGUAAUAAUAUUGAAAAUAAAGGUUGGAUUUGUUCAGAUAAUGAAAUGAAAGAUGAUGAUAGUUCAUCUGAAACUGAUCAUGAAGAAGACAUUGAUGAUGUUAAUGAAAAUAAUAUUGGUUGUAUACGUGUAAUUGAUAAGGUAAAAAUUAAUGAAGAUGAACAUUAUGUUAAAAAACCAUUAUAUGCACUGAUAUUAACACCGACCCGUGAAUUAGCUAUACAGAUAAAAGAUCAUCUUACGAAAGCAGCUAAAUAUACUGACAUUAAAAUAGCUGUACUAUUGGGUGGACUAGCUGCAGUUAAACAGGAAAGAAUAUUGAGUAAGGGUCCUGAAAUUGUUAUUGCCACACCUGGUAGAUUAUGGGAAUUGAUACAGCAAGGAAAUCCACAUCUUAACCAGGUGGAUUCUAUUAAAUAUUUAGCCAUUGAUGAGACAGACAGAAUGUUAGAAAAAGGACAUUUUCAAGAACUGCAGCAAUUGUUGGAAAAGAUAAAUAUUAAUAAGAAAAAACGGGAAGAACGACAAAACUUUGUGUUUUCGGCUACAUUAACCAUGGUGCACGAUAUUCCAGAUUAUUUACAAAAAAAGAAAAAGAAACACAAUAGUAGUAAAAUAUUCAAGCUUACACCUGGACAAAAAUUACAAAAAAUUAUACAACUGGUAGGAAUGAAGACUCCAAAAGUUGUUGAUGUUACAAGAGAAUCAGGUACUGCUAGUAAUUUAACAGAAUGUAAAAUAGCAUGUACAAUCGAUCACAAAGAUUAUUACUUGUACUAUUUUUUGAAGAGGCAUGCGGGUAGAACAUUGGUAUUUUGUAACAGUAUUGGUUGUGUAAAACGUUUAGCUACCCUUUUUGGAAUACUAGAUUGCAAACCUUUACCUCUGCAUGCUAGUAUGCAACAAAGACAACGACUAAAAAAUCUUGAAAGGUUUCAGGCAGAUGAGAAUGGAGUAUUAAUAGCCACUGAUGUAGCCGCUAGGGGUUUAGAUAUUCCAAAUGUUGAGCAUGUCAUACAUUAUCAAGUUCCCAGAACCAGUGAAAGUUAUGUACAUAGAAGCGGAAGAACAGCAAGAGCGUUAAAAGAAGGUAUAACGGUUCUGAUGAUGGAACCUUCUGAAAAACAAUACUACACUAAAUUAUGUAAAACACUUGGACGUACUGAGGAUAUACCUACAUUUCCUGUAGUAGAUAGAUUGUUAAUGGCAGUUAAAGAAAGGGUAGAUAUUGCUCGAGAAAUCGAUAAAUUGGAAUUAAAAUGUCGUAGAGAUAAUUCCCAAAAGGGUUGGUUACGUAAAGCUGUUGAAGAUCUGGAUUUAGUGUUGGAAGAGGAUGAAGAGGAUGUAGCAUUAGAAACAAAAGAAGCAGCAGAUUUAAGACAUCAAUUAAAAAUAAAGAAGCAUCAACUGACAUCACUCAUGUCAAAACCAUUAUUUCCAAAAGGUUUCUCUGGAAAAUAUCCUGACAUGAAUAUGGACUUGGAUAUAAAUCAAAGCAAUCAGAAAGCUGUUGAUAUAAUGAAGAAUGUUAUAGAAACAAUUCCCGAGAAGAAAAAGGAAAGGAAUAAGAAAAGUGCUAGUAAAAAGGUUUUGCAUAAACGCAAAGUAUUUAAAAAAUCAAAUAAAAAGAAAACAUAACGAUAUAUUUUUAAUAAAGAAACAUGCAUAUAAAUAAAUA